AGAUCUAGGCCAACACGGAAGUUUCCAAUAAUAAUGUCUAGAGUCUAGAUCUAGAUCUAUGAGAAUUUAUUUCAAUAUAGAUCUAGUAUAGAUAUCUAGAUCUAGAUCUAGCUAGACAUAGAUCUAGAUCUACUUAGUAGAUGUAGUUUAGUAUUGUAUUACUAUUACAAUCGCUGAAUCACGCUCUAAACAAUAGCCAACACAUAGUGACUUCGAAUGUAAACUAGUCUAGAUCUAGAUUUUGUAUCUAGAUUCUAUAUUUCGUGACUAUGGACACUAUCUAUGCCGGGAUUCUUCUACACUCUGUAGUCUAGUUUAGUGAUAGAUCUAGGUAAUCUAUAUGUUUAGCGUAAUCAAUUUACCCGGCCGGCUAUAACCCUAGAUCUAGAAUCUAGAUCUAAAAUCUGGAUGCCCAAAUGAGAGGUGCUGUAAUGGCAUUAGGCAAAAAUCAACAUGCUCUAAUGGCCUCCUGGCUUUAGUGGCCUAGUUGCAACCCACUACUCUAGUGCCUCAGUCAUUAGUGGCCCACUGCACUAGUGCCUCAGUCAUUAGUGGCCCACUGCACUAGUGCCCCAGUCAUUAGUGGCCCACUGCACUAGUGCCCCAGUCAUUAGUGGCCCACUGCACUAGUGCCCCAGUCAUUAGUGGCCCACUGCACUAGUGCCCCAGUCAUUAGUGGCCCACUGCACUAGUGCCUCAGUCAUUAGUGGCCCACUGCACUAGUGCCUCAGUCAUUAGUGGCCCACUGCACUAGUGCCUCAGUCAUUAGUGGCCCACUGCACUAGUGGCAUCUAAAGAGUGUUAGGUGCCUGUUAUGGCACAGAAUGCCAACAUGACAUCUGCCAACAUGACAUCUGCCAACAUGACAUCUGCCAACAUGACAUCUGCCAGCCCAAGGCUCAUGUUAGGAGGAACAGUACGUGCUAGUGGCCAUAGUGACUCUUCUGAUUUUGAGGAGAAUCUGCCAGAUAAAUUGUCUGCCUUCACUAUCAGAAAACAGACAUCUUACAGACGUGCUAUAGCCAAAAGCAGUUUGAGUCAGACACUCAACUAUCUGCACCCCAGUCAUGCUCAAGUUGGAGGCUACAAGAAACGGGAACUUCGCUCUACAGUUGACUGGACGGACCAAGCCCAGAACAGUGAACACUUGUGGGUAGAGACCAAUGCUUCUGGGGACUAUUGUUAUGCUAUGGAUCCUGAUUGUUUGAAAAUGGGCCCACGUAAAAAGUGUGUUGCAUGCAAGAUAGUAGCACAUUCUGCAUGUGUAGGAAUCUUGGAGCAGAAAAACCUGAAGUGCAAACCAACAUUCCGAGAGGCUGGACUGAGAAACUAUAGAGAUCAAACUUUCAUGAGACAUCACUGGGUCCAUAGAAGAAGACAGGACGGGAAAUGUAAACAAUGUGGAAAGUCCUUUCAACAAAGAUUUUCAUUUCAAAAUAAGGAUAUCAUUGCAAUCAGUUGCUCAUGGUGCAAGUCAGCCUACCACAACAAGACGACAUGUUUUAUGAUGCAACAAAUAGAGGAACAGUGUACUCUUGGGAUACACGCCAGCAUCAUUGUCCCCCCUUCUUGGAUCAUCAAAUUGCCUAGACGUGGAUCUUUUAAAUCUUCCUUACGAACAAGCAAAAAAAGGAAGGUAUCUGUGAAAAAACGUAGGAGCAAAGAAGAUUGUAAGCCUUUUCUUCUGAAACCCAUCCCGUCGCCACUGAUUAAGCCAGUUUUGGUCUUCAUUAACCCAAAGAGUGGGGGCAACCAGGGGGCCAAGCUGUUUCAUAAAUUUUGUUGGCUGCUCAACCCUCGGCAGGUCUUUGAUCUGACGCAGGGAGGACCCAGGCCAGGGCUAGAGCUGUACAAGAAGGUGCCCAACCUGAGGAUUCUGGCAGCUGGAGGGGAUGGAACCGUGGGCUGGAUCUUGUCAACCCUGGACAGUCUUGGUGUUUCCCCUCCCCCUCCAGUCGGCAUCCUGCCAAUUGGAACAGGCAAUGACCUGGCUCGCACUCUCAACUGGGGUGGGGGCUAUACAGAUGAGCCAGUCUCAAAGAUCUUAUGUAACAUUGAAGAUGGUCAAGUGGUACAGCUGGACAGGUGGAGCAUAGAGGUGAGCAGCAAUGAGAGUACUGAGGGCGAGGUGACAGAAGAGCUGGCCACAGCCACACUGCCACUCCAGGUCUUUAACAACUAUUUCAGUCUGGGAGCAGAUGCUCAUGUGGCUUUAGAGUUUCAUGAAUCAAGAGAAGCCAACCCGGAGAAAUUCAACAGCCGCUUCAGAAAUAAAAUGUUCUACGCUGGGGCAGGUGGAAGAGAUUUGCUCAAGAGAAGUUGGAAAGGGUUUGCUGAACAUAUCAAACUAGAGUGUGAUGGGGUAGAUCUGACCCAAAAAAUACAGGAUAUGAAACUCCAUUGUCUUCUCAUUCUAAACAUUCCCAGAUAUGCAAGUGGUACGCUGCCCUGGGGCAACCCUAACGCUGUGGGCUUUGAGCCACAGACCCACGAUGACGGAUUUCUGGAGGUCAUUGGCUUCACCUAUUCCUCACUGGCAACUUUAUAUGUUGGAGGCCAUGGUGAGCGCUUGAUGCAGUGUCGAGAAGUGCGCCUGACCACAUACAAGUCCAUGCCUAUGCAAGUGGAUGGUGAGCCGUGUCGACUCCGCCCCUCUCACGUCAACAUUACAUUCCGCAACCAAGCCAACAUGCUCAUUAAACCAAAGAGAAGAGGAUCUAUGCCUAUUGCCAAUGAUCCUCCCUCUUCUGUGCCUGAACGUCUGAGGCUUCAGGUCAGUCGCGUCAGUUUGGCAGACUAUGAGCUGCUGCACUUUGAUAAGGACAACUUACGUCAAGCAUCCCUGCCCCUAGGAAUUAUUGUUGUUGAUAACAAUGCAGACUUAGAGCAAGUCAGAGAGGAAAUAAACAGGAUGUUCUCUCCAAAGGAUCCUCCCGAGCCUUCAGGCAUCAAACUCUCGGCCCACUGGUGUUUCCUGGAUUCCACUACAGCUGAAAGAUUUUUUCCUAUUGACAAAGCCCAAGAAUCCCUGCACUAUAUCACAGAUAUCUCAUCCGAGGAUUUGUAUGUCCUUGACCCUGACAUGCCCCCAGCCUAUCUCAGGCCACCCGCCCCCAAUGGCCACAGAGAGCUGACCUUGCAUGGCAAUGGAGCUGUUACUGGAACAGAAGAUGGCACACUGACCUUGAACUUUACAUUCCCAGUCUCCCCCCCAAAGUCACCCAACUUGUUGCGCUCAGAACCCGGCAGCCCAGCCCCCCAUGGAAGUUUGGAGAACAAGCCACACACAAUCUCCACACUCGACAAACAGCUUCUGGACGCCUCAAAGAGAGGGGAUAUCCACAAGAUAGCAGAACUGAAUCAUAAAGGAGCCAAUCUUUUAGCCACUGACCAGUAUGGGAUGACAUGCCUUCAUCAUGCUGCAAGGUUUGGACAUAAAGGAGUGGUCAAAUUUCUAAUAGAUAAUGCCCCUCCCCUCAUUCUAGAUAUGGUUGAACAUGAAAAGGGCCAAACAGCCCUGCAUAAAGCUGCGUGGUAUCAGCGUAGAACAAUCUGUCACAUGUUGGUGGCCGCUGGAGCCUCGCUGACCCGCACAGACUUCCAGGGCAACUCCCCCAGACAGCAGGCACUCAAAGCAGAAGACAAAGAGCUGGCUGCCUAUUUAGAAAACCAAGAACAUUUCCAAUUAGUUCAGUCAGAAGAUCAGGAAACAGCUGUAUGACAUGAGGUGAUCAAGUAACAGCUGCUGUAUGACAUGAGGUCAUCAAGUAACAGCUGCUGUAUGACAUGAAGUGAUCAAGUAACAGCUGCUGUAUGACAUGAGGUCAUCAAGUAACAGCUGCUGUAUGACAUGAAGUGAUCAAGUAACAGCUGCUGUAUGACAUGAGGUCAUCAAGUAACAGCUGCUGUAUGACAUGAGGUCAUCAAGUAACAGCUGCUGUAUGACAUGAGGUCAUCAAGUAACAGCUGCUGUAUGACAUGAGGUCAUCAAGUAACAGCUGCUGUAUGACAUGAGGUCAUCAAGUAACAGCUGCUGUAUGACAUGAGGUCAUCAAGUAACAGCUGCUGUAUGACAUGAGGUCAUCAAGUAACAGCUGCUGUAUGACAUGAGGUCAUCAAGUAACAGCUGCUGUAUGACAUGAGGUCAACAGCUGCUGUAUGACAUGAGGUCAUCAAGUAACAGCUGCUGUAUGACAUGAGGUCAACAGCUGCUGUAUGACAUGAGGUCAUCAAGUAACAGCUGCUGUAUGACAUGAGGUCAUCAAGUAACAGCUGCUGUAUGACAUGAGGUCAACAGCUGCUGUAUGACAGUGUGGCAGCUCAUGAUGUAGGCGACUUGAUUGUGCCAGUCAUCCCCAGCAGUAGAGGCUGUCAGCAGAGUUUCUUCCACCCACACCCCCCGAACGAGAUGGAAUUUAUAUAGUCAAAUAUACUUUUACUAGUGUCCGCCCCCCCCCCCCCCGCCCCCCGAAAAAUGUCUGGAAGAAACACUGGAGGUUUGACCUGUUUUGUUUCCACUGGCCACCCAUACACCAGC